CAGUGCAAUCCAGUCCGCGCGUUCAGACGCGUGUGUCAAACGUACCGAAAUAUUAAAAAAUAUAUAUUGUGAAAUUGGAUAAUUAAUUUGUGCUGAAAGCCACAUAUUUAUAUUUUAAAACUAUUUAAUAUAAAAUGGCGUAUUCGUGGGACAAUCGUGUCGCUUUCGUUGUAAAAUAUCUUUACGAUAUAGACAACAAUGGGUAUCUAGAUGCGCACGAUUUCCAUUGUCUGGCGCUCCGGACGUGCGUGCUUGAAGGGAAGGGCGACUGCAGCUCCGCCCGUCUCCAGAAGUACCAGCACGUGAUGCUCAAUCUGUGGGAGGAGAUCGCACAGCUGGCGGACUUCGACAAGGUGCCGGACUAUGACGGCAUCGUAACGGUAGACGAGUUUAAGCAGGCUGUUAUGAACAGCUGCGUGGGUAGGAGGUACGAAGACUUCCCCCAGUCGAUGCGAGCGUUCAUCGAGACUAACUUCAGAAUGAUCGACAUUAACUGUGACGGUGUGCUCGCCCUCGAAGAGUAUAGAUACGACUGCGUGCAGAGGAUGGUCGUGGAGGAUAUCAAGGUUGUCGACGAAGCCUACAGUACACUGUUAAAUGAUGACGACAGGCGGAGGGGCGGCCUGACGCUCUCCAGAUAUCAAGAACUCUUCGCUCAGUUCCUGGGCGACGUUAGCGAUGACUGCGAAGCGAAACACUUGUUUGGACCAUUAGAAUUUUAGGAUCUCUUAUUAAUUUUUAGGUUAAAUUUUAAUCAUGACUGAAAUGUUCUUUCUCAUAAAAUACCUACAUCAUAAUAUUUAUUAGCCUAUUUGUUGUACGAGUACGUUUUUAUUGAAUGUAAAUUUACUAAAUUGUUCAAAGGUAAUUGUAUAAAAUUUUUUUCGUAGCUCAAGAUGAGCGUUUGAAAUUUAGUUUUAAGUAAAGGUCAGCAGCGGCGUCUUGUCAUUUUGGAUUUAAUGGUUCUCAAUUAUUCGACUCAAACGAGCUUUAGUGGCGGAUGAAGAUUUACAAGUUUUUCUUACAAGUGGUGUUAUGAGCUGGGCGUAUUGUGAGGCCGCAAGGGUAGGCACCGUGAGCCUAGCCAGCACCGCCAACUCGUACCCCCGGAAUACGCUGCUGAGUCAGGGUUGCCAGGGUUGCCAGAUCUUUUUUUCAUAUUUUGCCUAUCAGGGGCAAAUGCUUAAAUAGGAAAAAAUACGGGACUUACUUUUUUACCCGGUACAAAUAUAAAACAAAAUUAUAUAGUGACAUUUUUUUUUUUUAUAUUACUUCGAGGAGCAAGUCAGUGUUAACAUAUUUUUAUCGGUUUUAACAUAUUUAUAAAAAUCAAUACAAUUAUAAUUGUACGGUUUGAAUAAGGGACAGAGUCAAUCCCGCCGGGACAUUUUAUACUAAGCCUAAAAUACGGGAUGUCCCGGGAAAUACGGGACGUGUGGCAACUCUUGUCAGAACCGAUGUGGGUCACAGAGUGCGCUCACCCCUCACGCAGCAGCUUACACGUCAUUCUCUGGUCUUCCCUCGUAGCUUCCGAACAGUGAUGGAUUUACGCCUAGGCCCUUGAGACCAGUGCUUAGGACGGCAUGAUUUACACCGUAUAGUGCCUCGCGCGCCUUUCUCAAGGCGUAGUCUCCCGGCAGGAAUUGGCAGAGCAGGAGGAUCCCGGUCUACCUCUUCUCCCUCUUGUUCACUGGAGGCACCGGAGUCCGACGUAACCCGGUCUGUUAAAAAAAGGGCGGCAUGAUUUGAGUGCCGGCAAAAUUUUUUAAAUGCCAAAAUUUUAGAGACGAAAAAACGUAGACUGUCUCCUUUGAAAAUGAGUUCAGAUUAUUUUGUGUAAAAAAAUUAUAAAGUUAUUUUAUAUUUAAUAUAAAAAGUAUUGUAUCAAAAUUAAUAACAUUUAUUUUGACAUUAAGGGUGGCACAAUAAACAUAAUCUAGGGCGGCAUCAAGCCUAAAUCCGUAACUGGUUGCAAGCCGACCUAAGAUGUAUCAUAGUAUUUUUAUUUAUUCAGUAUUCAGACCUAAAACUAUAAUACAAACAUAAAUUACAUCUGUGUUAUAUGUUUGAUUACGUGAUUCUCAAAGAGUCUUGAAAAAGCAUAAAAAAUGUUUGUUUGGUGUCUUAAAAGAAAAUGUUCGCGAAUCUUCGUUUUAAUGAAAAAACUUUUUUUUUUUGCAUGUAUGGGUGCAUACAUUAAGGUGAAAUGCUUAUCGAUGUCCUUAGUAUCAUAAUGUGAACAUGAACACACUUGAGACGUGAAUUAAAUUCUCAAUUAUUGUAAUAGUAUAACAGCUGUCACAUCCUUUAAACCUGAGCGCAGCACCUAUUUCUGCCGCGAUGCAGUAAUGCGUUACGGUUUGAAGGGUGAGGCAGCCGUUGUAACUAUACUGAGACCUUAGAACUCAUAUCUCAAGGUAGGUGUAUUCGGAAUAUUAUAUAGAUAUUUCCUUAGAACAACUGGUCAGCGGGAUUUCAACAUUGGCCCGGUCGCUACGCGAUUCUAUUGGGCGUCUUGUCCUGUAGUUAAGAUAUUUUAUUGUCUUUUCUUUUGUUUCUUAUUUUACACAAAAAAUAAUAUAAUUGUAUAAAAAUCCACAGAAAUUCAUAACGACCAAUAAUACAACUUUUUUUUAUAAUAAAACAUUUGCACAUACAUAUGACUGUACGUAAUUUACAAAAAAAUUGUCAUAAUUGAAUUCUGUAACUAAAUUUUUUUUAAAUCUUCACUGCCCUUUCGUGGUGAAUUGGAUAUAUUUUUGUAAAAAUCUAGUCAUUUUCUUCAUUAUUAUAAUAAUAUACUUAUAGAUUUAUUCUAAAUACUCUAAAUAUUGUAAACAAUAUGUACGCGGAGUGAUUGGAAAAUAAAUAAUUUUGUUACGUGAA